AUGCCCUAUCCAGAUGUUGUACCCUUGAGCUCUGCUGAUCCUCUUACUGGCGGCCUAGAAAAUUGGAGUCAAGAAUCGCAUCUUCACCGUCAGGUGCAUCAUCAUCCUGUCAAAGUCCAAUCCCACAACCAGCAAUCGCAACAUAAUGUGACCCAACAACAGCAUCCUCAUCAGCAGCGACACCAAAUGAAUAUGCAACAACAGAUAUACCUACAGGCCAGCCCAUCAUCUACCCAUGGCUCAGCCAGGCGUCCUCAGCAGCCGGCAAAUCAGCAUAUUUCCCUGACCAACACGAUUGACACCACUAAUACUUCUUUAAACCAACAAGAAGUGCCUCGUCAGGUUGUAAUAGGUGAAACUUUGCCUACCUGUUGGGCGAAUACAACUCAAUCGUCCACUGCAAUGGCAACGAUCCAUACUAGACUGACAACUUUCACUCCUUCUCUUGGGGAGCAGCUUCAACAAGUUCGCCAUGAGGUCAGAUCUGAAUUAAGACAGACACCCAAUCGGGAUGAUCGACCUUCGACACCUGAACUGAGAAAGGUUGUUAUUCUUGUUUAUUGA